AUGGACGCUACUCCGCGCCAGGUCUUCCAGACUACAAACAACGUCUACGUCCUCCAGCAGCCAUGGCAGCUCGUCAAGGAGCUCGGCCAAGGUGCUUACGGAUGUGUCGCCUCGGCUCGACACGGCCAGACUGGCGAGACGUGCGCGGUCAAGAAGGUCACCAACGUGUUCACCAAGAAGAUCCUCACCAAGCGCUGUCUCCGUGAACUCCGCCUGCUGCACCACUUCCGCGGCCACAAGAACAUCACCUGCCUCUAUGACAUGGACAUUGUCUUUGACCCGCCUGGAUCGGGCAUGUUCAACGAGGUGUACCUGUACGAGGAGCUGAUGGAGGCCGACCUGCACGCGAUUAUCCGCUCCGGUCAGCCCCUCUCGGACGCGCACUUCCAGAGCUUCGUCUACCAGACUCUGUGCGGUCUCAAGUACAUCCACUCUGCCAACGUGCUGCACCGCGACCUCAAGCCCGGAAACCUCCUCGUCAACGCCGACUGCGAGCUCAAGAUCUGUGACUUUGGUCUUGCCCGUGGCUUCCAGCCCGGCGCCGUCCAGACGGACCAGGGCCAGGCAGGCUUCAUGACUGAGUACGUCGCCACACGUUGGUACCGCGCUCCCGAGAUUAUGCUGUCGUUUGCCAACUACACCUCGAGCAUCGACAUGUGGUCGGUCGGCUGUAUCCUUGCCGAGCUCCUGGGCGGCAAGCCCAUCUUCAAGGGCGAGGACUAUGUUGACCAGCUCAACCGCAUCCUCGACCUCCUCGGCACUCCCACAGAGGAGACUCUGCGCCGUGUCGGCUCCCCCCGUGCUCAAGACUACAUCCGCUCGCUCCCCAUCAAGCCGCGCAUCAAGUUCAAGUCUCUGUACCCUCAGGCCACCCCGCUCGCGCUGGACCUGCUCGAGAAGAUGCUCUGCUUCGACCCCGCCCGCCGCAUCACCUGCCAGGAGGCGCUCGAGCACCCAUACUUUUCCGUGUGGCACGACCCCGUCGACGAGCCCUCGUGCGAGGUGCCCUUCGACUUUGGCUUUGAGAGGGAAGACUCGACCAACGGCAUGCGCGACCUGAUCGUUGAGGAAGUGCGCUCGUUCCGCAACUUGGUCCGACAGCACGCCGUCCCCGUCGAGCCCGCGCACCCCCAGGGCGGACACGACCUGCCCAAGGCUCCCGCACCCCCGCAGCAGCCCGGUGCCGGUGUCGGACCGGCGUUCAACGAGGUGGCCAACAACGCCGUCGACAAGGAGGAGCACCCCAGCUCGGCGCUGGAGCGCGAGCUCCAGCACGGUGUGGCUGUCAAGCAGUAG